AUUCGCUCCGAUAAGGACAAAGAGAUCCAUAUCAGAUACAGCAUCACUGGAGUGGGAGCCGACCAGCCACCGAUGGAAGUCUUCAGCAUUGACCCUGUCUCUGGCAGGAUGUACGUGACUCGCCCGAUGGACAGAGAGGAAAGAGCUUCCUACCACCUCCGGGCUCAUGCGGUGGAUAUGAACGGAAACAAGGUGGAGAAUCCUAUUGACCUUUACAUCUAUGUGAUUGAUAUGAAUGACAACAGACCGGAGUUUAUAAACCAAGUCUAUAAUGGAUCUGUUGAUGAAGGCUCUAAACCAGGUACCUACGUGAUGACAGUGACAGCAAAUGAUGCGGAUGAUAGUACUACAGCGAACGGGAUGGUGAGAUACCGAAUCGUGACUCAGACUCCACAGAGCCCAUCGCAAAAUAUGUUUACUAUUAACAGUGAGACGGGAGACAUUGUCACUGUAGCUGCUGGACUUGACAGAGAGAAAGUUCAGCAGUAUAUAGUCAUUGUUCAAGCCACAGAUAUGGAAGGAAAUCUUAACUAUGGUCUCUCAAACACAGCAACAGCUAUCAUUACAGUGACAGAUGUGAAUGACAACCCGCCCGAAUUCACUACCAGCACUUAUUCAGGAGAAGUUCCUGAGAACAGAGUGGAGGUUGUGGUAGCCAAUCUGACGGUGAUGGACCGGGACCAGCCUCACUCCCCCAACUGGAAUGCCAUCUACCGCAUCAUCAGCGGAGACCCCUCUGGCCAUUUCACUAUCCGGACAGACCCCGUCACCAACGAAGGCAUGGUAACCGUUGUGAAGGCAGUCGAUUACGAGAUGAACAGAGCUUUCAUGCUGACAGUGAUGGUUUCAAACCAAGCUCCCCUGGCCAGUGGCAUCCAGAUGUCCUUCCAGUCGACAGCAGGAGUCACCAUUUCAGUCACAGACGUCAACGAAGCACCGUAUUUCCCAACGAACCACAAGUUAAUCAGGCUGGAGGAAGGGGUGCCUACGGGGACAGUCCUGACAACGUUUUCAGCAGUGGAUCCUGAUCGCUUCAUGCAGCAGGCAGUAAGAUACUCUAAGCUGUCAGAUCCUGCAAACUGGCUGAACAUUAAUGCCACAAAUGGUCAGAUCACUACUGCUGCUGUCCUUGAUCGAGAGUCAGACUACAUUAAGAAUAAUGUCUACGAGGCCACAUUCUUGGCGGCUGACAACGGUAUACCCCCCGCAAGCGGCACUGGCACUCUGCAGAUCUACCUAAUCGACAUCAACGAUAAUGCUCCCGAGCUCCUGCCAAAGGAGGCACAGAUCUGUGAAAAGCCGAACCUGAAUGUCAUCAACAUAACAGCCGCGGAUGCUGACAUCGAUCCAAACGUGGGGCCCUUUGUCUUCGAGCUGCCAAGUGUGCCAUCUGCGGUGAGGAAGAACUGGACCAUAACACGGCUGAAUGGCGAUUACGCCCAGCUUAGUUUACGAAUCAUGUACCUGGAAGCGGGUGUGUAUGAUGUGCCAAUCAUCGUGACGGACUCAGGAAACCCCCCCUUGUACAACACAUCCGUCAUCAAAGUGAAGGUGUGCCCGUGCGACGAGAACGGCGACUGCACCACCAUCGGGGCGGUGGCUGCAGCAGGGCUGGGCACGGGUGCCAUCAUCGCCAUCCUGAUCUGCAUCAUCAUUUUGCUGACCAUGGUUCUGCUGUUUGUGGUGUGGAUGAAACGCCGGGAGAAGGAGCGCCACACCAAGCAGCUCCUGAUCGACCCCGAGGACGACGUCAGGGACAAUAUUCUGAAGUACGACGAAGAAGGAGGUGGAGAGGAAGACCAGGAUUAUGAUUUAAGCCAGCUCCAGCAGCCGGAGACCAUGGAUCACGUGCUGAACAAGACACCUGGAGUCAGAAGGGGGGAUGAAAGACCUAUUGGUGCUGACCCGCAGUAUCCUAUAAGACCAGUAAUCCCACAUCCAGGGGAUAUUGGUGACUUUAUUAAUGAGGGCCUGCGUGCGGCAGACAACGACCCCACGGCCCCCCCCUACGAUUCUCUGCUGGUCUUCGACUACGAGGGCAGCGGCUCCACCGCCGGCUCCGUCAGCUCCCUCAACUCCUCCAGCUCCGGGGACCAGGACUACGACUACCUGAACGACUGGGGGCCCAGGUUCAAGAAACUGGCGGACAUGUACGGGGGAGGCGAGGAAGAUUAAACUGACCUCAAGUUAUUUAAAAAAAAAAAAAAAAAAAA